AUGUCGUCCAGACGCACACGGCUCUCCCUGCUCGCAUCAGCGUUUACGCUAGCUGUUCUCCUGAUUGUAUGCCUCUCUUCAGUCACUCCCGCUGCGGCACAUAUGAUCGAGCUCGGUCCACACAGCAGCGAGUGUUUCUUCGAAGACCUGCACCACGGCGAUCAGAUGACGCUCACCUACCAAGUCGGUGGCGGCGGACACCUCGAUAUCGACGUCACCCUGUACGAUCCGAAAUCGAACGCAUUGUUCAAGCAAGAGCGCAAGGAUACAGGCACCUAUUCGUUCACAGCGCAGGACGACGGACGAUACACAUAUUGUCUGUCGAACGACUUCAGCUCGGUUUCUGACAAGACAGUCUCGUUCAAUGUUCAUGGCAUCAUCUACGUCCCAGAUGAAGGAGACAUGCUGCCGAUCGAACGUGAAAUCAGAGACUUGGCUGCAGGCCUACAAGCGGUAAAAGACGAACAGGAGUACUUGGUCAUUCGAGAACGCGUUCACAGAAAUACCGCGGAAAGCACAAACACUCGCGUCAAAUGGUGGUCCAUCAUCCAAGGUUUCAUCUUGGUAGCCGUUUGCUCCUGCCAAGUCUACUUUGUUAAGCGUCAUUUCGAAGUUCGUCGUGUUGUCUGA